AACAUUCAUUCGUUCAUUCAGUCUUUGGUUGGUGUGUGGUGAAUCUGGUAGAGAAUUUUAUCCAGCAGAACAACAUGUGCUGCCCAAGAGACAAAUAUUAAUUAGUGUUGUAGGUUUGCACUCGUCCCUAAAAGCUAGCUCAGUAGUUUUGUAAAUUCCUCUAGCACGUCUGUGGCAUGUGCAAUUUCAAUUAAACGCAAUUAGUAAGUUUGUGACAGUGGCUUUUUUUUCAAAAAAACUUUUUUUUUUACCUGGAUCAUUUUCAAAUACUUGAAAAAAAGGCGUGAAUGUGUUAAAUCGUUGGUCUUCGUGAUUAAUGUGUCAUCAUCAAAUGCUGGAAGAGAGUGCUUGAGAAGUGGUGAACAUUACUAAAAAAAAUGUCUGACAGAGGCCAAAAAAGAAUGAAAUGAGUUGAGGUUUUUAAAAACGUGAAUCAGAGAGAAUAAGAGGAAAUUCUUAUCGGACAAAUUUAGCUGAAUAUUGUUAAGUGUAGAGAAAGUGAGGAAGAAUGGCAACAAAUUUAAGACCUCUCAAGAUCACCACAGUCGGUGAUGGCAUGGUGGGAAAAACUUGUCUCCUAAUAACCUACACACAGAACGAGUUUCCGAAGGAAUAUAUACCAACUGUCUUUGAUAAUCAUGCUUGCAAUUUGGAGGUCGAUGGCAAAAUGUACAACUUGACACUCUGGGAUACAGCUGGGCAGGAGGAUUAUGAAAGACUAAGACCUCUGAGCUACCCAAAUACGGACUGCUUCUUAUUGUGUUAUUCAAUAGAAGGACGUACUAGUUAUGAAAACAUCUUCUCUAAAUGGUAUCCAGAAAUUCGUCAUUAUUCACCAAGCGUGCCUAUAGUAUUAGUUGGAACCAAAAUGGACUUGAGACUUCCAGGGUCAGAGAAAUUCUUAACGUAUAUGGAUGGGAAGAGGUUGAAAACGAAAAUUCGUGCAUAUUCCUUCAUUGAAUGCAGUGCUAAAAAGAACCAGAAUUUGGAUAAUGUUUUUAUAGAGGCAGUAAGAGCUGUUGAACAGAAGCCUCGAGUUAAAACGCGACUUUGCACACUUCUAUGAAAAACAAUGAAAAGAUUUCUUUUUAAUUAUUGAUCGGUUAUUAUUCUAAUAAGCCAUAAAUUUUAGAAAAUUAAUGAUCUAGUGGUAAUUUUUUUGAAGAUUCACAUUUAUAUGCUCAAUAAAAAUAUGAUUACGCUGUAAGUGAAAAAUAAAUUCCUAGUCAAUAAAGAAAAUGCGUCACUAUUACUAAUA